GUGCUGUAUAUGUGGUGUAUAUGUGUUCGCAAGAGAUUUAACCGAGAUUUGAACGCAACAUAUAUAGCGUAUACACAGAAUUGUGUGCGAAUUGUGUGCGAAUUGUGUGCAACACUUACCCAACGAAUGGACGCCUGAAUAAUGAAAGAGAAGUCCAAAAACGCGGCCCGAAGUCGACGGGAGAAGGAAAACGCGGAGUUCCUCGAGUUGGCCAAACUCUUGCCAUUGCCCGCAGCCAUCACAAGCCAAUUGGACAAAGCGUCGAUCAUUAGGCUCACCACCAGCUACUUGAAAAUGAGAGCCGUCUUCCCGGAUGGUCUGGGCGAUGGCUGGGGUACUCUCCCGCCAACCCCUAACCCGCAUGAAAUGGCUAUCAAAGAGCUCGGAUCGCAUUUGCUUCAGACAUUGGACGGGUUUGUGUUUGUGGUGGCACCGGAUGGCAAGAUCAUGUACAUAAGCGAGACGGCAUCAGUCCAUUUGGGACUAUCACAAGUGGAACUGACCGGCAAUAGUAUCUUCGAGUACAUCCAUCCGGCAGAUCACGACGAGAUGACGUCAGUACUCAAUCUCUACCCUCCGUUCGCACCGCAGACUCACUCCUCAAAUAUGGCGCAAACGGACUUCGAGGUCGAGAAGUCCUUUUUCCUCCGUAUGAAGUGUGUGUUGGCUAAACGUAACGCCGGAUUAACGUCCGGAGGAUAUAAGGUGAUCCAUUGUAGCGGUUAUUUGAAAGUAAAGCACUAUAGUAUGGAUCAGUCGCCUUAUGAUGUGUGUUACCAGAACCUGGGACUGGUAGCUGUUGGCCAUUCACUACCCCCGAGUGCAAUCACCGAAAUUAAAAUGUAUAGCAAUAUGUUUAUGUUUAGAGCGAGUUUAGACCUCAAGUUAAUAUUCUUGGACGCGAGUGAACCCGAGGUGAAGGAAUAUCAGCUACAAUUGGAUCAAAUGGAGAACAAAUCAAAGCCGAGCCGAAACAAGAACAAUAGGAGGUCUCCCUAUUCGACCACCGGCUCCAACACAUCCAACACAUCAAACGACAACUUUGUCGCCGACGUCCCCAUCCCUGUGCCCACCGACGCGGCAAUAGUCGCCAACUUUAGUGAACUCAAUGCAAAUCAAUGCAUGAAUUUUGGUGUGUAUGACGAGAGGGCCAGUCAGUGGACUAUCAAUCGGUCGCUCAACUAUGCAUUCAAUUACGACAACAGUCUCUACACAUCGUAUUUCAGUGAACACGAAGACAACCACCGGUACAGAGCGACCGGCGCCGCGCCCACCGCUCUCAUCACACAUGAGAUGCCGUAUCAGCCCUUUUGCCAAUUGGACGCCUUAGUGCACGAGUCCAACGCUUCGCCGGAAAACGGCCACAACUCUGGACACCAACUGUUGACCACCGCUGAGGACAGUGUCGUUCGCGCCUAUAGUAAUGAUAACAAUAUGAAUGUAUUGAGUGCUCAGCGGAGUAGCGGUUCCGACGAUGAGAUACAACGAAUGAGUACAUUAUUGCCAUCAAUGAAGACGACGAACGGCAAGAAUAUAUUCGCCGAAGUGUUGCUCAGAAAUGUGUAUUCGGAGGCCGACGGCAGCCAUAACGGCGUCGACAUGUUGUCCGUCAACGGGAACGACACACUCAUGCCGUACGUCAAGCCGUUGGCCAUCACGAGCGACAUCUCGUCCAACUCGUCGUCGUCCUCAUCGCCAUCAGACUUAAGUGCAAUCAAUGCUGAUUUGAACAGCAAAUCAACUGUUAUUAGAUAUCUGUCGGACGGCACGACCGCCUAUACGACAAACGCUAGUCUGAAGUAUUUUAGCGACAACAGCGACACCGGAUCGGCAACACAUCCCAACCCAUCAUUUCUAAGCCAAACAAACAGCACAUCGUUGACAGAGGACAGGGAAGGAUCGCUGACCGGCUCUCCCUAUACAUCAGUGAUCGUUGAGGCCCAACACUAUCAGCACUUCGCCAGCGGUUAUGUUCAAUGAAUUUCUCCCACUUUUAUUCAUAUCACUUCUCUCUUCAGUCCUCUCUUUUCAGUCUCUCAUUUCAAAAGACUAUUAGAAAAUAAUUAAUUGAUUUCUAAAAUCAUAACGAAUUCCAAGAGUUCUCAGUGUUGUUGACAUAAAUGCUAAAAAGAUUUAUAUUAUUAUUAUUUGAAAAUAUAUUAAUAAUAGAUUUUUUAUUUAAUAACUUUACAGG